AUGGAGUUGGCCGUGACGAACGCAACCGAUUCGUCGUCGUCCCCCGCGACGCCGGUGCUUCCGGUCUUCUGGGUCAACUUUUUCACGUACGCUUUCUACAUAUUCGGCAUAUUCGGCAACCUGUUGUCGCUGUUUACACUGCACCGGGCCCGGUCGAGAUCCAACAAGAGGCACGUGUUCAUGUUGCAUUGCCUGCUCGCCAACGAUUGCUUCCUGUUGGUCGGCCAUCUAGUACUGACGUUCAUGCACGACACGUGGAUGAAUAACAACGACAACUUGUGGAUGUGCCGGAGUUGCGUUCUGUUUCGGUUCUUCGUGUGGGGCACCGUGUGCGCGGCCAUCGUGAUGGCCGUCGAUCGCUGGCUGGCGCUCACCAAACCGUUUUUUUACCUAAAGCACAUUAGUUUUCGUCUAAUGAAACGAACGAUAGCCAUACUUUGGUUUGAAGUACUGUGUUUGGUGUGCGCACCAUUCUUUGGAUUCGGUCUCUACUGGGACGAGACCCAGUGUAAGGAUUUUCAAGAUGCCGAGAAGCCUCUGGACGUGCUAUACUUUUACUUAUACUUUGGUCACGGUGUUAUUCUUACCAUCGCAAUGGUUUACACGAACUUAGCCGUUAUGAAAGCUCUGUGCGUGAAGGACAGUCAUAUUCAGAACAACCACAACGAGUUAAUAAGACAUAUCAACCGCCGAGGAUCGUCGAUGACUCGCAACUGGCUCACCGAAGAAGAGAGAUCGUUUGGGUGGUUCGUGUUGUUAGUGUGCCUCGGAUUUGUCACAUUGUGGGUCCCGCAAAUGCUUGCAACACUGUUGACCAGGUUCAUCUCGGAUAAGUCGGCGAUUAAGCAGAUCAAAAUGGCUGCGGGAGUGCUUCUGGCCUUUCAAUUCGUUCUCAACCCGUACUUGAACGUGCUCCACCACUGGAAGUUGGUCAAGUCCACCUGUUCGCGACCGAAGAACAUCAACGCCAGCGGCGGUAGCGCGAGCGGAAGUCGCAGUGUUUCCUUGAGAACGACGUACAAAGUAUCCACGCCACAGAUGCUCUGA